AUGCCCAACGUCUUUCGCCUCGCAGCGGAUUUCUCCCAUCUGGGGAGCAUCCUGAUUCUGCUGCACAAGAUGGUGCAGCUGAACAGCUGUUCUGGCAUCUCCUUCAAAUCGCAAGCCCUAUAUCUCUUCGUCUACGUGACGAGAUACCUUGAUCUCUUCUACACUAACAGCAUCUACAACCUCAUCUUCAAGAUCCUCUUCAUCGGCGCACAGGGCUACAUCAUCUACCUCAUGACCAAUGCAUACAAGCCGACCAACGACCCCAACGUGGAUACGUUCAAGGUCCAGUACCUCCUUGGCGGCGCCCUCGUCAUGGCCAUUCUAUUCCCUUACAAAUACACCUUUGCCGAGAUCUCGUGGGCCUUUUCCAUCUGGCUGGAGGCCGUGGCCAUCCUGCCCCAGCUCUUCAUGCUCCAGCGCACCGGCGAGGCCGAGACUAUCACCACGCACUAUCUCUUUGCCCUCGGCAGCUACCGCGCGCUAUACAUCCCCAACUGGAUCUACCGCUACUUCACCGAGCCGAACCACAAGCCCGACUGGAUCGCCAUUGUCGCGGGGCUGAUCCAGACCGUUCUGUACAGCGAUUUCUUCUACGUGUACUACACGCGCGUGCUCAAGGGCAAGAAGUUCAAGCUGCCUGUUUAA